AUGGAUCUAGUACAAAUACAAUACCCUUCAGUUAUUCGUCAGUAUCGUCGAGAAUUUACAAGAUUGACAGUUUCAGAACUUGUACUAUUCUUUGAUAAUGUUGUUUCCUACAUGAAAAAUCUCGUUUACACAAAUGAGAGAAACGACACAUUAGACAUCCUUACAUUAAUUUCGGAUGAUUUUGCAUCUUUCUACACUCUUCAAUUAUUCGAUCAUCCAGCUAUCAUUAAUCAUUCAAUCUUUAUCUAUAUUGGACGAACAUUAGAAAUGCUAUUGACCAAAGCAAAUCAUUCACACUCAAUACCAAUGAAAAAAUACGAAGAAGGUUGUCUUUAUUCUAUAAGUUAUUUCGUUGCACAAUUAUGUUUAUAUCGAAAUGAAGCAAUUAAGUCCUUCUAUGGAUUAUUUUCUGAUUUAAUCCCAUCAGUAACAGAUAAAAUCAACGAAAGAGAUGAAACAAUCAAUGAAACUAGUAGAAGAUCAAACACAAUCGCAGAAAAACCAAAUCUUAAAGUGAUUGGUCUACCUCCAAGUGCAUCUAAAACACGUCCGAUAGAAGAAAAUGAAUACGAUAUCACGAAAAUUCCACAUAGAAAAGCAUUUUCUCAGCAACUGAUUCCACCGCCGACUAUUGAAUUAGCAGAACCUGAAGUAUUACCGAUUGUGCGAACAAAUUUUCCUCCAAAAACAUAUCAAGAAGUAUUUUUUACCAAGUCAUUGUUAACAAAACUGAUUCGUGCUAUCGAUGAUCUAUCUCAAAAUGAAUAUUCUCCAUAUCAUGUUAAAUAUAAAGUAGUCGAUAGACUUGUUCGUGUCUGCUCAACACUGAAUCUUGUUGAUAAAUUACUUGAUCCAAUUGUGAAGUGUCUUCGUUCAAAAUUCUAUCGACAAGUUUUCACAAUUUUAGAACCGGAACAACUUCGUUUUAGUCCUAGACAAUUAUUUUUCAUUUACAGAUGUACACAAUUCAUUAUCCAGCAUGAAUUUCAACAACAAGAACAAAUUCUUCAUUCAUUGUGUCAAUCUAUGAUUGAUGCGACGAAAUCAAUUGUGGAAAAUAUCAUAACUUCAUCUGGUAAUUGA